UCCAGCAAGCAACGUAGACGGUAGAUGGUAAGAAAGGAAUUUCCAGAUAUCCUUCGACAUAAAAUGAAGGCGUCUACUCACCAUCUCUCUCUUGUCUCAAAAUCCGGAGAAAUUAUAGCAAAUUUCAGAAUGCAGCUAAUAGAAGGUUUGACAACAUUAUGCAGUAGCUUGGCUCGUCGAAUUGUGAGACUCCCUGCCGACACGCUUGAAGGGAUUUCAAAAGUGCGGAGCUUUGCUGCUGCCGGAAGAAACCCUCCAACAAAUGUUGAAGGACCAGUGGGUCAUGAACUGGUGGAGGUAUUGCAGAGGACUGCGGAUGAACAAGGUUCGGCUUUAGUCGAACCUCUUCAAAACAAUGAGGAAAAUGAGAAAGCCAAAGAUCCUUUAGAAGAGAAUGUUCACAAAGUAGCAAAACCAUCAUUCAGCAAACACAAAGAAGCUCUUAAGAAGAAUCCUAUAUCGAGUCAGAAGCGAUCGAUUACAAAGAUACUGAUAAGAUUUCCUGAUGGAUCGAGAAAAGAGCAGAAUUUCUCAAUCACAGAUACGAUACGAUCGAUAUACAAGUAUAUUGAUGCUCAGGACAUACCUGGCAUUGGAAGCUACCAGCUUAUUUCCUUUCCGAAGAGAGUUUUUGCUCAUGAGCACCUUGAUAUGACUCUCAGAGAUGCUGGACUCCAUCCAAAUGCUGCUCUGUUCUUAGUACCAAAUCAGUUGUAAAGUUAUAAAAAAAAUACUACCGCUGACAUACAAAUUUA